UCAUGAUGUCUUCAAUUCGCUUGUCAGACUUUAUAAACGUCAGGUGCUUAAAAUUAGGAUCGUAAUUUUAAAUAAAAAACAGUAAGGCGGAAACACGUUAUCCAAAACUUCAUGUGUGCAAAGGUCAUUACACUUUGUUUUAUUUAACAGACAUAUCAGUUUAUUUAUUACUUUCGUAUUUUGUGAAAUUUGGAAUUACGCUAAAAGAACAUUGAUUUUUUCGUCCUUUAUAACUUUUGAAUGCCCUGUGUAAAUGCAAAUCAAUGUAAAUGUCAUCGAAUCAGUGAAGUUUAGAAAAUAGUGUGUGCUGUUGUGACGGGAAAAAUUGUCUCUGAGAAAACUGCAUCACAAAUCAUGUCAUUCACGGAAAAAUUUACUACUCUUAUGGCUCGUCCUGGGCCUGAUGGGGUGGAAAAGGAUGACGUGCCAUGGUGGUUAAGAUAUGCAGGCAGAGGUCUAGGAACAGUAGGAGGUUUUAUUGCCAUGUUCUUUGGUGUUUGGAUGUGUUUAACAGUUUAUGCUGAGUGCCUCUUUGGAGGUAUAAUUCAAAUGGUUGCUGGAGGCAUAACAAUAGGAAUCGAAGCUCCAUGCUGCUGCUUAUGCAUAGGUUUUAUACAAGACUUAAGUGAUCGAAUUGAAAAAAGACCUUAUUGGAAUAAAGCACUGGCAUAUGUUAUAAUGGCACUUCCUCCAAUAAUUAUGUGCCCUGGAUUGUCUAGUAUCUUUGGAAGUGGGUUAAUAUUUACUACAGGUGUAGUUUAUGGAAUGAUGGCUCUUGGAAGAAAAGGGUCUAGAGAAGACAUGGCUGCAAUGGCUUCUCCCCAAACGGCCACAUCCCCCAUGGGGAUGGGUGCUAACGUUGAUCAGCGUACUACGCUUAUGGAAGACCCCGACGUUUGGCGUCCAACAUAAGCACUUACUAAUAAGGCGUCAUCUGAAGAUAUGCGAUCAGCAGCCGUUGCUGCAGAUGCAGCUCCCACGACGAGGCCGACUACCAUGCGUUCAAAUUUAGUAGCCAACGCUCAACCCAUUAGUUUUACAGGAGCCCCGUUGUCCGACAGUAACGU